UAACCCUGUUGACCGCGCCCACUUAUAAAACUCCCUGCAGGCACUCGCAGGGAUCUCGCCAAAUAUUGGCAAUAAUUUUGGCGUAGAUCACAAUACCGAAUUUUCCUGAACUGUAAAAAACACCUAUAAUUAUUUUUACAAAAAUACUUCAGCUCUAUUUGUUUUGUUUCUGUAACUGCUAAAGUCUGCUUAUAUUACAUAGAUAGUUAUAGAGUUGCCUUUUUGAUGUUUAUAUAAAAAAUUAUUUUAAAUUGAUUAAUAAAUACUUUGAAUUUUUGAAAGAAUGGACUUUAAUUCUUGGAUAUUAAGAUGAAAUCUGAAGAAAUAUCUGAUGUAAUCCUCCCAGAAGAAACUAGCUUAUAUUCUCAUCAAGUAGCAGGCCAUGAAUAUGAUGGAAAUACCAAAUUGGGUGUCUUAAAGCACAAAAAUGGAGCUAUCAUUAAACCAGUCAUGGAAAAUGGUCGAUCUGAAAAGGAACUUUUAUUUUACGAAAACGUUUUCUGUAACAAAGAUUCUGAUUCAAUUCUAUCAGAACUGAGUAACUAUUUACCUAAAUUCCUUGGUACCUGCCAGACUAGAAUUAAAGACAAAGAAAAGAAAUUUCUGUGUUUGGAAGAUGUUUGUGAAACUUUUUCAAAGCCUUCAAUUCUAGAUGUUAAAAUUGGAAAAGUGACGUAUGAUCCUGAAGCCACUGGAACUAAAAUUGAAUACGAGAAAAGCAAAUAUUUGUACAGUGAGGUUUUAGGAUUUCGAAUUCUGGGAAUGAAGAUAUAUAACUAUGAUGAAGAAAAGUAUGUGCAUAAAGAUAAAAAAUUUGGAAAAGGAAUUACUCCUGAAAAUAUGAAAAAUGCUCUUGAAUUAUUCUUCACAAGCAAUUUGUUUAUUAAUUGCUGUAUUUUGAGUGGAUUUCUACACAAACUUAAUGAACUGGAAAAUUGGUUCAAACAUCAAAGGAAAUUUGCUUUCUACUCAAGUUCGCUUCUAUUUGUGUAUGAGGGAAUGUUUACUGCCUGGAACAAGUGGAUUAAAACCAACCUUCAUAACUUUUGUAGAUUAGAAUGCCAGGAAAAAGAAUCUAGUGCCAUUUCUGCAGAGUGCCUUAGAAACAUAUUCAUUGAUAAUAAUUCAAGUAAUAAUUUGAAUUGCAAUACAUGCUUAUUGCAUAAAAGUAUUUGCCAUAAAAUAAUAAGUGACUGCAGUCUUAUACGUGUUGCUAUGAUAGAUUGUGCUCAUGUUUUUCCUACUAGUACAGAAGAUUCAAAUUAUGUAUUUGGUCUUGAAAAACUAAAGCAAUUCAUACAGACAAUUUUAAAUGAUCAAAUUAAACUGCUUCCUAAAAACUAAUAUUUGUUAUAAACAAUAGUAGAUUAAAACAUAAAAAAUAAUGUAAUUUCCUUUAAAUUCUUUAUAUUUUAAAAGAUAAUGUUUGAGAAAAUGUUUUAAUUUUUGAAGCACUCCAAACACUGAGCUUACCUGACAAAAGUAUUAGAUACCCUUAUAAAAUCCUGAAAAGUCACAUUUAAUACCCUGUAAUUACUCCUCUGAACUUGAUAACUAUCUGUAUAUAGUUAAAAAGUGAGUCUUAAAGGUUUUAUAGGUAGGACCCAUACUUUUUAAGCCUCUUCUUUGUUUGUGCAAAUCCAUCAAAUUACAGAGAUUCUGAUUUUGGCAUUUUAUCUGCUGUUCUAACAUGUCAUAGAGAUUUUCCAUGGGGUUUAAAUUAAGUAAUUUUAUUCGCGCAACAAAAUAUAUUGAGGCAUAUUCAUUAAAAUCAGUCCUAUAUUCUUCCAGCGCACUAAAACUCUGAUGUUAUCAUCUUGAGAAAUUAAGUUAUCAACAGCUCACCAUUAAGAGAAUGACUGAAAAGCUCGUCUGGUCAUUCAUAAUGUUCAUCUCAUAUUAAGAAAACAUCCCAAAACAACAGAGAUCCAUUUCUGGUUUCAGGUGCAUGGUUCAUAUUCUGUAGGAGUGACUUAUUCUUUGUCUGGUAUGCUUAUGUCUUCCAGUAAUAUUUUCCAAUAAUUUCCUUGCUCUCUUCUCACUGUGAACUUUUUUUCUCAUCUUUUUGUCGCUAUGAUGUUUAAAGUUCAGAUAUAACAAGUAUUUCUGCUCAGAGAAUUAUUACAAAUAUAUAUAUAUUAAUUUGUGAUCUUAGUUUUAAUUAGUAUUCUCAAAUGGUGUUCAAUAGAAUAUCAAUUAUGACUUUAUAAGGAUCAGCUAUGAAAAAGAAGCUGAAAAAACUAUAUAAACAGUUAUGAAAUUAAUAAUGAUUAUUUAAAUAGUGUUAAAGUUUCAAUAUGUAAAUAUUUUUUGCCUAUUUCAAUGCAUGUAAAUUUCGUUUUUAUUGUCCGUUCUUCUGAUAAUUUAAUAAUCAAUCGAAAGCAAUAUGCUAUAAAAAUAUACUCCAUACUUUUCACACAUUCCUUACUUAAUAUUAAUAUAUUUAACUCUAGCAGGCAAAAAUAAUCGUGCUACUUUUGGUGCCACUACCACUUAGGAUAGUGUUUGUCAGCAGUCCUGUUUAUGCUAACUUAAAUUUUCGUUUGUGGUAGCAUAUGAUUAAAAAAAAGGCAUAAAUGCAUACUUGAGUGCAAUUAUCAAUAAAUAAUUGUGUAAUCCUGGUACUUAAUUUACUUAUUUUUUUACUCAAUUUCUUCAUUUCCCAAAACGACCAGCCUAUUUUGUAUUUGUGCUAUAUAUAUAUAGUAUAAUUGUUUAAUUUUUAUAUUCCCAAAUAUAAACCUAUUAUCAUGAUAUGAAUAAGCAAAACCAAAAUGUCAUUUUUUCCUUAGAAAUUUACUCUAAACUAUGAGAUAUUUUUUACUAUCUUUACUUAAAUAUUUUUAAAUGCAUGCAGUUUUAAUUUUGUUGUUGUUUUACAUACAAGUUUUAUUUACUUGUUUUUAUAGAUAUGGAUUUUAAUUUAGAUCACAAUUUAUCAUACAGCAUUUUAUUCUGAAUAUUGACUUCUAUUAUUUUGCAAUUAAUAACAUGUUUCAGUCUCAUUUCAGAUUACAAUAAGACAAUAACAAAACAAAAAAAUCUUUUUUUUAACAUUUAGUGAAAGUUCAUUUUGAAGAAAAAGCUUUUUUUUUUGCUCUAUUCCCCUAAUGCAUUGAUUCAAUGUAGAACUCCAAUAACUAUUUGAGUGUUUGCAUUAUAGUCAUUUAACUUGGUUUCUUUCUUGCAUAACAAGCUAGUUCCUCUAAUUAUGCAAGAACUGUAGAGAGAAAAAAUUCCUUGAAAGUUUGCUUGGAGAGUGUAUGGAUUGAUAAUUAUGUUUCACUUUUGGACUAUAGCAAAAUUAAUGGAGCACGACAUUAAAUCAAUGCACCAGCUGUGUGCAUCUCUUUGGCACCUAAUUUAUAAGAUAUAAUAAUAAAUAAACCAUGCUUUUUAUAAAAACUUUAAAUUUACUAAUUUAUGCAUAAAGAAAAUGCUUAGUAAGGUUUUUGAAUACAAUUUUUUUAUAACAAUAAACUAUGCAACUUUCUUUUGAAAAAGUUUUCUUCAAUCUUUUUGAAGAUUUUCUGAUUGCAGAUCAGCUAAGUUAACCAUUGAGCUUGGUUAUUUAAAAAUAUGUAUAUCAGAAAGAUGCAGUAUACUCUGAAAUUUAUAAUUUCAAAUAUUAAUACAAUUAAUUUUUUUUUCUUUUCCCUAUCUCUGUAUUAUUUCUCUACAUAUUUUAAAUGUUUAUUCUUAAAAUAUCCUCUUAAAAAGGAUAUUUUAAGGUUUAACAGUUUUUAAAUAUCUUAACUAUGUAUUUUGGUGCCAAAAAUUUUACGCUGAUUAAAAACAAUUUUUAAAAUUGAGAUUAUUUUUAAAUAUGUUUACUAGUCAUAGCUAAGCAUUUUUUAGAUUCUAAAUUUAAUUUUAAAUAAAAAAGUGGAAACAGAAUGUUAUGGAAUUUAUCAAAUAGCAACUUUAAUUUCCUCAUUUUAUUGGGUCAUUAAUUAAUAAAAACCAUAGAAUAUUAAUGUAGCUGUAGACUUAAUAUCAAAAAUUCUUCAUGGAACAACUACUUAUUCGUAGGAAUUAAAGAUUGAAUUUUGAUAAAACUUUUAUUGAAAGGAAAGCAGUACAUUAAAAGAUAAUCUGAUUGUUUCCUGUAUUGUGUAAAAAAAAUUACAAGAGAUUAUUGUUAGGCAUGAAUGUAAUGGAGUAUUUCUGAUUGUGAUAUCUUUUCUUGAUAAAAAAAAGGUCUUCAUUGUUUGAUGUACUUAUUAAAAUGCUUUUUUUAGUGUAUUAUAGUUUUGUGGCAUGUGUUUCUAUUGUUAUUUCAUUCCAAACAAUGUAUAAAUAUUACUUAUUUAAUGAAUGUUAAAAUAUGUGAUAUAGUUAUCUAAGUAAAAUAACAGGCCAAAACAUGUUAGUCUAGUAAUGUAAAAACCUGUAACCCCUUUCAUAACUCAAAUCUUUUUAAUACUAUUUACAAUUGUUACAUGGUUGUCAAUACUUAAUAAGUUCAAUAUAUUUUUACAUUAAAAAAAUUAUGUUUAA